GUAAAAAUUAGAUAGUUGUUGUGGUUUAACUCCAGCCAGCAACUAAGUACCAUGCAGCUGUUCAUUCACUUCUCCCGCUCCAGUGGGAUGUGGAGGAGAAUCGGAAAAAGGUAAAACCUGGGUUGACAUAAGAACAGUUUAAUAAUUGAAAAAAGUAAAAUAUUCCAUACCAUAUUAUUAUUAUUGUUAUAUCCCUUUGGCCAGUUUCUGUCAGCUGUCCCGUCUGUGCUUCCUCAUGGCUUCUUGUGCAGCUGCACUGGCAAAGCAUGAGACACUGAAAAGCCCUCAACUCAGGAAAUUUCAAGACAUUGAAGAAACACACCUUCUUCAUAUGAAAGAGAUUAUAGAAUCAUUGUCAAAUACCAUAAAAGAAAUUAAUUUGCAAAUAGGAGAGGUACACGAAGAGUUUAUUGAUAACAUGACAAAUACUACGGUUAAGAGUUUAAUACAGAAAUUUGCUGAGUCAAAAGGAACUGGCAAGGAAAGACCUGGCUCUAUUGAAUUUGAGGAAUGUUACACAUCCAAUGCAGUUGAAGGGAUAAAACCACGAAAGAGGAAGCCUUUUGGUUUUUCAGGAAUAAUGAAAAAAGAAAAAGAUAUCGAGUCUAUGAUGUGUCCAGAUACAGACUCAGUUAACAUUCCUGAUAUAGAUGAUGAAGGAUACAGCAUUAAACCAGAAGCAUCACAGGAUACCAAAAAGAACCAUUUCUAUUCAUCCAGUGAUUCUGACUCUGAAGAUGAUGAACCCAGGAGGUUCCAUGUAGAAAUAAAACCUGUCCAAACAAAUGAUAGGUCUCAAUAUACCGUGCCUUCCUUGGAUGAAUUAAAAGUAUCUAUAGGGAACAUUGCUCUUUCUCCAGCAAUAUCUAAGAAACAGAGUUCUGCACAAACUAAUCAAAAUGCAGCCAGUGAAGAGUUAACAAAAUCAAAGCUUUCUACUCCAGCUAAUGAAAAGGGAAACAGUGACCUUCUGGCAUGGGAUCCACUCUUAAGCAGUUCUCUUGAAUCUUCCUCUUCAGCCUCCAUAGUAUCCUUAUCCUCCUCAGCAAGACCCAUAAAUCAUCUUUCUGUAGGCACCAUUGUACCCCCUCCAAGGCCUACUUCAACACCAAAAUUGUCUACAGGGAAACUUAGUGGAAUUAAUGAAAUAUCUAGGCCAUUCAACCCUCCGUUGGCCUCUAACUCAAGUUCACCACCUGCAGCUCCCUUGGCACAUGCAGAGAGCAUUUCCUCAAUAUCUUCUUCUGCUUCCCUCAGUGCAGCAAACACACCUACAGUUGGUGUUUCACGUGGUCCCAGUCCUGUCAGACUUGGAAACCAGGAUACCGUGCCUGUUGCAGUAGCCCUUACUGAGUCUGUUAACGCCUACUUUAAAGGAGCAGAUCCCACAAAAUGUAUUGUGAAGAUUACUGGUGAUAUGACAUUAUCAUUCCCAAGUGGGAUUAUUAAAGUCUUCACCAGCAACCCAUCUUCAGCUGCGCUCUGCUUCAGGGUAAAAAACACAAGCAAACUAGAGCAGAUUCUUCCAAAUGCACAACUUGUAUACAGUGAUCAGUCACAAAGUGACUCCAGUAGUAAGGAUUUUUGGAUGAACAUGCAAGCCAUAACUGUCUACCUCAAGAAAUUAUCAGAGCACAAUCCAUCUGCAUCCUAUUAUAAUGUGGAUGUUUUAAAGUAUCAGGUAUCUUCAAAUGGCAUCCAGUCCACUCCCUUGAAUCUUGCAACUUACUGGAAAUGUAAUGCUAGCACUACUGAUGUGAGAGUGGAUUAUAAGUAUAAUCCAGAGUCUAUGAAUGUGCCUAGUAUGCUGUCUAAUGUGCAAGUUGUGGUACCAGUAGAUGGAGGAGUAACAAACAUGCAAUCACUUCCACCUGCAAAAUGGAAUGCAGAUCAGAUGAAAGCUUAUUGGAAAAUAUCUAGCAUUUCAGAGAAGUCUGAGAAUGGAGGUUCUGGAUCACUCAGGGCAAAAUUUGAACUUUCAGAAGGACCCAGUAAACCAGCAACACUUGCAGUGCAAUUCAUUAGUGAAGGAAACACCCUUUCAGGAAUAGAUGUAGAGCUAGUAAGCACUGGCUAUCGACUUUCUCUCCUUAAGAAGAGAUUUGCCACUGGAUGGUAUAUGGCAGACUGCUGAUUAACAUGUGGAAGUCAUUGGAUCAAAGGAGUGCAAGAAGUUUACUCUGACCUCUCUACUUUUCAAACACUAUUUUAACAUGCAUUAAUUUUUUUUAAAUGUUGACCUACUUUGAGGUUUAACCAUCAGAACAGGAAAUGCACUUUUAAAACUCAUUUUGGAAACUUUUUAUUACUUUAUAAUAGCACUGAAAUUAAUACUUCUGUAAAUGAUCAUUAGUAAAUUUAUAGAUGAAGUCAAAGUAGUAAUCAAUAGUUGUACUGAAAGUAUGAAAUUUUAUGUUAUACUGUAAACAUUGAACCUAAAAAUAUGGGAAAGUAAGUAAAAAAUAUUUCGUCUUUCCAUAAGCAAUAUUAAUUUUUCAGAUUCUUCAAUUACCAAUUUGAAAAGAAAGCAAAGUCUCACAUAGUUAUUCCAUCCACUCAUGCCAUAAAACCAGCUGAGUUAGAGAAGUAUAAAAAAAAUGUAACUUACUGCCUGUGUAUCAUAUAUUAUUAACAGGUAAGUUGUUUUACAUAGGGUUUUUUUUCCUAAGUGCAAUGUGUUACAAAAUUGCAAAAGACAGAAGAGAUUUACUUCUGCAGUUAGGAAAUUUUAUGGGUAUUGUGAUUGUUUGAAUCAAUGCUGUAGAUUUAAUUUAUUUUUAUAUGAAUUGUAUAACAUUUGUGCCUUUAAAAAAAAACACCUGUGCCUAUACACUUUGUUAUUCACAGGACUCAAUUCCUUUUUCAAAUUUUGGCUCUUCAUCAGGAAAGCACAGUGUUUGUAUAAUACAUACAACUUUAUAAAAAUUCCUUUGACUGGAAUUUAGAAAGCAGAUUUGCAAAACUGGAGAUUGUUUUAAAAGAGGUUUAAAAUACUGGUUUACUUCCUCCUGGGGUAAUUGCAAUAAAUACAGCUGCAGUAAAGAGAGAUGCAUCAUGCAGGACUUUGAAACUUUGAGAUGGUAACUUUAUUAUUACCAAAGAUGAAAAUCCUGAAAAAUCACAGAAGAUGAUAAAAGCAAGCAGCAUUUCCUUUCACUUUGACUGCAAACCUUUGGAAUUUAAGUGCUCUGAGGGUUGUGUGAUGUGAAUGUAAACAUAGUACUUUGGGAGAAAUAGCAUUUUAGAUGGGUAUUUUAUAGCAGCAGGAUGACAAAUACUGCCAUUUAUAUUAGUUUAAUUUUUUAUCUAAAUCCACCAUUUUUAGCAUUUAAUCUGCUUGCCACAGCUUUAGCACAGGGAAGUGACACAUAAGUAAUGUUUUUGAAAGCAAGUCACUAAUUUAAAAAAUCUUUAUUGUAUUUGUAUUAUCAAGUGUUUUUUUAAAUGCUGAAAUCAAAAGUAUUGGGGCAAAAUAUUAACCUACAAGUGGAAAUUUUAUAUGACCAUUUUGAAUCAUAGAAUCAUAGAAUUAACUGGGUUGGAAGAGACCUCCGAGAUCAUCAAGUCCAACCCUUGAUCCAACCCCACUGUGAUUACUAGAUCAUGGCACUCAGUGCCACAUCCAGCCUCAUCUUAAAAACCUCCAGGGACGGUGAAUCCACCACCUCUCUGGGCAGGCCAUUCCAAUGCCUGAUCACUCUCUCUGGAAAGAACUUCAUACAUACCAGUAUCUAUUGUAAAUUCUCUAUUAAAACAAUAAAACUUGCUUCAACUAAUUCAUGUGUCAGUUCCAGUGUUCAUGCAGGUAAAAUCAGAAGGCUGAGCUAAGGACUUUCCAGCAGGAAUGGAAGUUUAUUCAGAGACGCUUACAGCUCCAUGAACUUGCAGCAGCUGGGUGGCAAAAAACAUACACACACCCCAGGGCCUCCCAGCCGUGCAUAUCAAAGGGGCCCUUGGGCAUUCCAGGUGCUGCUUUCUGAGCCAUUUACCUUUUUCCCCUACACCUCCCUUCCCCCACUUGUGGGAAGGAAUGUUUCUUUGGCAUCUUCUCAGAUAAGAAAGUUCCCUGUUUAGUCUCAUAAAGAAGCAGCUCCACAGGAAGGACAAAAGGUGGUUGUUCUCACACAUUCUCUCAACAUGUUUCUUUAACCACAGCAGGUUUCUUGAGCAAAGAGAAAUUUCCAAAUCAGUUUGCCUCCUCACCAUUUCUUUUGCAGGGUCCCUGCUACUCCCAAACAUGCAAAACCAAUAAUGAAUUGGACUGCUGAAACUUUACAAUAAAUUAAGCUGCGUACAGGCUACAUAAAUUUUAAUGUAUACUACACACUUUUGCAGAUAAGAGUUCCAUUAUUAGCUAAGCACAUACUGUACUGUAGAUUUGAUUGGAAGAGUAUAUUUGGCUCUUAACUUGCAAACCUUACUGAAUGGUAAAUUUCUAACAUAUAAAAUGGUACAGUUGUGAGAAAUAUCUCUAAUUAAAAUUUCAGAGACAGUCAAAUAAAGUGAAACAAAGAACUUUAAUUUCAGCGCACUGGGUGCACCAGAUUUGUGACCGUGUCCAAACACACCCAGAAUGGGAGGGACGAGCCCUUUUAAGGUCCCUUGAUUUACAUAACCACUCCCUCACUCCUCCCAUGCCAAGCCCCACUCCUUUUCUUCCUUAAAAGGUGAUAUAAUCCUCUUCUUGGAUUCAACUGGGUCCUUUCAGGGCCGGGCCACACCUUCCUUUGCUUUCUGGUGCAGUCCAUUGGUUGUCUUAACCGACCUAUCAGGUUGUUUCCCUGUCCUGGCUGCGUGGUUCCCUGGCAGUGAGCACAGACUGAUCUCCCUGCCUUACAUGCUUUCCGGCCCGCCUUCACACUGUAACUGUAGGUAACGGUAAGCAGCAGUAACUGUAAUCAGACUUGCAAGCAGCAAGGAACAACUGCAAGCAGAUCUGCAAGCAGCAAUAAGUAAUGCAGGCAGCCCACCAGUCCCUGACCACCAAAUGACUCCCCAACUCCCCAAACAAAAUGACCUCCAGGCAUCUCGACACAUGGCAACCAUGGAAGCCCCUGCUUGUAAUAAAACCGCCUUAUUUAUUUCCUACACAGUCUUUUUACUGCAAUCUUAAUUGUAAUCUGCUUUGCAAUCAAAUUGUGUUUAAUAUGACAAUAUUUUAUUAAUGAAAAUGCAAGACUGCAUUGCUGGUUUUAGUCAAGUAUUACUUUCAUUUCUUAGUUAAAUAAAGCAGUUCUGUUUCAAGACUUUUCAUCUAAGUGAUUAUGCCUAUAUUUGCA